AAAAAUGGUGUUUAGAAGACAGCUCAGUUUGUGACAGACCCCUUCCAUCCACCCUUCCUCCGUAUUGAACAAAGGGCGGCGCUCUGCUUUUGCCUGCCCUCACUUUAUAGUCCUCCGGUUGAUGUAAGUCACACAGAGCCCGUGGCCGCAAUGACUGGCGCUCACUCUCCGCGGGAAUGAUCUGAUCUGACGGCUGCGGAGAGUCAGCGGUGCUCUGUGAAGUCAUGGCCGCUCAGUGUGAACCCUUAAGCGGAUACUUACAGCAGUCCGAUCCGGGCUCCAACAGCGAGCGAAGCGCCGAUUCCCCUCUGCCCGUGUCUGAGGAUGACUCCAGCGGACCCACGGCGCCUCCGGACCCCGAGUGGACCGAGGAGAGGUUUCGAGUGGACCGGAAAAAACUGGAAAUCAUGCUAUUAGCUGCCACGGAGGGGCGAGUCAACGGAGGUGAGGACUUCUUUCAAAAGGUCAUGGAGGAGACAGAUACUCAGAUUGCAUGGCCUUCCAAGCUAAAGAUCGGUGCUAAGUCAAAGAAAGGUAAGACCUGUGGUUUUUCUCUGGGCUGUCAGUCAGUGAUAGUGAAGAGUGUGGAGAGGAAUGCUCUGAACAUGUAUGAGGCCAGGCGUUAUCUGUUGGGUUUGGAGAGCAGUGGGGUAUCAGUCCCCACCAGCAGCAGUCCUCCGUCCGCUCCUGUUCCACCUCCACCUCCACCUCUCAGCUGCCCCGUUGGCCUUGACAUCCUGGCCUCUGCUGGCCUCGGCCUCACCAGCCUGGGUCUGCUGGGACCUACAACUGCCUCCAUGACAGGACCCUCUACCAACUCCUUUCUCAACGCUCUCAACAGCUCCAUCAGCCCAUUACAGACAUCAACCUCUGGAACACCCAGCCCCAAUCUCUGGCCCAACUCACUGGCCAGUCCUGCCAGCACUCCAGGUUUCUCAUCACACUUGAUGAUCCACCCAGCCACCCAGGCCACUCUAACGAGCAUCUUGCUGUCAGGGGUGCCAGGCUACACCCAGAACACUCCGUCCCCUCCACCUGGUCUUGCCCCCAUAGACGCCCAAGUCAACGGAGUAUCAGACUGCAGUAAAGCCGUGUCCCCCCUUAGUAGCAAACAGCCCAGCACUAUGUACAGCAGAAUGUCUGCAGCGUCUCUGGCAGAUAAAGUUCUGACCGCAGUUCAUGGCGACUCUGUGCAGGAAGCCAGUCCCCACUGCCCUUCUGAACCGCUGUCCAGCAAGUCCAGCCAAGACCAAGGAUCGGAUACGUUCGUGGAGGUGGGCAUGCCUCGAAGCCCCUCUCACUCGGGAAACAGCAAUGAACUGAAGCAGAUGUUGGCGUCUUGUAAGACGACGUCAGGAAAGAGGCAAGCCCUGGAGCUGCUACAGGGAACCAAGAACUCCCUCCUACAUUCAGACUGUCUGUUGUCAGACUCUGACUCCAGUGCCUCAGAGAGUCCGGUGGCUGAUAAACGCGCUCCAGGCAGUGAAAGAGCAGCAGAACGGGCCGCUCAGCAGAAUUCAGACAGAAUCCGCCUACCGCCCCAGUCCUCCUUCUCCAGCAUGCAGGCGUUCGACUACGAGCAAAAGAAGUUAUUGGCAACCAAAGCCAUGUUAAAGAAGCCAGUGGUGACAGAGGUCCGAACACCUACUAACACGUGGAGCGGUCUGGGCUUCUCAAAGUCUAUGCCUGCAGAAACUAUUAAGGAAUUGCGCCGGGCAAACCAUGUGUCUUAUAAACCUACGAUGUCAACUACAUAUGAGGGGUCGCCUCUAGCCCUGUCCCGCUCCAACAGUAGAGAGGGGGUGGCGAGUGGCAGUGACUCGGAUAACUGGAGGGAACGGAAUGGGAGCGGGCUCCCAGCACACAGUGACUUCCCCUCUCCCAUCAGCCCCAAAAGGAAGCAGAACAAAACAGAACACUACCUAAGCAGCAGCAACUACAUGGACUGCAUCUCGUCGGUGACGGGAACUAACGGCUGUAAUCUCAACACAUCUUUCAAAGGAUCAGAUCUGCCUGAGCUCUUCAGUAAACUUGGCCUCGGGAAAUAUACAGACGUCUUCCAACAGCAGGAGAUUGACCUUCAGACGUUCCUCACGCUGACCGAUCAGGACCUGAAAGAGCUCGGCAUCACUACAUUUGGAGCCCGCAGGAAAAUGCUGCUGGCCAUUUCAGAGCUGAACAAGAACCGAAGGAAGCUCUUUGAGCCGCCCAACAUCCGCUCCUCGUUCCUGGAAGGGGGCGCCAGUGGUCGACUGCCACGCCAGUUCCACACAGACAUUGCCAGUGUGAGCGGGCGCUGGUGAGCCCAUGCCAAUGCACCAACGGACAGCCUGAAACUGCACAAAUUCCCAUUCCCAACUCCAACCUGAUAUACAGUACUGGACCAAAACCCGGACCUUCUGAAACUGUGCCAAAUAAACAAAGUCUAUGGAUCAGAGGUCAAGGGUCAAAGAACUGUUGAAUAUUAUAUGCAGUAUGGUACAUUAUGCAAUAUGGUACUCAUGUUACAAUGAAGGAAAUGUAGUGAAGGAUCAUUGGAAGGCAUUGGAGCUCCUGCACUGUGCUUGUAUAUGGAGCAGGCAGAUUUUAUUUAUAUGCUUGUCUUAGGCUUCAACAUACUAAUUCUUUGCACUUUAAAAAAUGCUAAAUAUUUUGUCCAUGGACAGAUUCGCCUGACUAGAUGCGUCUUUAUUUAAAGCACUUAAAUGGAUAUCAAGCCAAAGUGUUCUGCACAAAUUAUCUAUAAGGGAAGCUUAUCUCAUCCCACAGCUGCAUUACAUUGAAAUCACCAGCCUGUUGUUAUUACUUAUGGAUCUUAGUCAGAGUAGACAGCAUAUUGCAUUUGACAGAAAUGAAAUGGAGUGUACGUCUAUCCCUCACAGGCUUGUUUUCAUUUAUGUCAAAUUAAAAUAGUCUACCCUGACUAAAUUCCACAGUACAUUGUCUACAUAGUAUUUCUAAACCUAUAAAUAGUUUACUUUAAAAGGGAAAAUGAAACAUCUAAAUUAUUUUAGUGUAUGACUUUAGUUCUUCUAUGGAACUCAAAAGAAGAUACUUUGAAGAAUGUUUCAGCUGUUUUUGUCCAUACAGUGAAAGUCAAUUGAGUGCAUUAGUUUGUUCUAGAAGUAUUUUUGCCAUUCAUUUUUUCCCAGAGGGAUUAUGUAAAAAAAAAACUUCUUUUAAAGUGUUAAAAGCUAGGAACCAAGUCAUUUUUUGUACAGAUUCAUGGGUAAUGUAAUAUUUCACCACAAAUUCUGCUGUUAUAAACAAUUAUUUUAAAAAUGAGUUGAAAUCGCUUUAAGGAAUAUGAGCAUAUAUGAAAAAAGAUAUAUGUAUUAUUAUUUAGCAAACACCUAAAUCAAUAGUUUAAAAGAGCAUUUUCUGGUAAUUCAGGUCAUUUACCAUAGAAAUAGGAAUUUUAUUAACAUUUAUAGCUUUUAUAGCAACACCUAUAAUCCAGUAUCCAUAAAAGUUGGCAUGACUCUUUAUUAUUAUAUGCUGCAUGGGGUCACCUAAUUUCGUAAAGUUCUGAGAUUUCGUUCAGGAAUUAUAGGCUUUUAGGUAUAUUUGGCCACACCCAUAUUGUAAUGACCCUGUUAUAGUUAACCAAAGUGUACAUUUCAAAGUUUUUUGAUAAUUAUUGACCCUGGAGAGUCCAGAGAAUUGUACUGCAGUGGUUUUGUUGAGAUUCAGCAAAAAAUCUAGGACUAGUUUGCAAAAGUAGGUUUUUAAAAUAAUCUUGAAUAAUUAAUGAUCGAUUUGAUUGACUAUAGUGGUUCUUGAGGAAAAGUUGUUCAGAAUGAGAUCUAACAUAUGAUGUGAAUAUUGUGUGUGUGGGUAAAACACUGCAUGAUUUAUUUCAAAUUUCUCACAGACCUUUAGGGCCAUGAGUCAAACAGGUUCACGGCAUUACAUUCUGAUCGGCCUCUAUUAACCCCAUCUAAUAUGUGAUUACAAUUCAUUGGCCAGUUACGGCUAUGAUUUUCAAGAUAAAUUAAUGUGCUCAUAAACAGCUGUGGUACUUUGGACACAGUCAAGCAGACUAACGGGUGCAAAGUUAUAGCCAUUUUUUAUGUUUUUGUCCUAUUAUAGCACCACACAGUGGCCAGACUCUUUUUCUCAUGAAAUCUCAGAUUGAGGUCUUACAUAUGCAUAUCAAGUUUUGUAUAAAUAUCUUAUUCCAUUAGAAGGUUAUAGCUAUUUUAGGAAAAGUGCCCCUUUUUCAAACGUUUAGGCAUCCCUUUACGUCGGUGAGUCAAAAACUCAGCGAUUUAUCAAUAAAUUGAUAAUUAUUGAUAUUCACUCUCCAGAGAAUUUUUCUGAACUGGUAUGGUUCCGAUCAGGUGAAAAACCUAGGACUAGUUUCCAAAAGAAGGUUUUUCAAAAAACACAAAAGAUUCUGUGGUGAUUGAAUCCGUAUAAUAUAAGACAUUGAAGGAUGUGACAAGUACUUUAGGAGUUAGGAGUGGGUACUACCAUCCCUCAAAGUUUCAGGUCUGUCCGAUCACUUUUAGGUCAGAAUGGUGAUCUUUAAAAAUCUUAACAUUUACGAUACAGUUUCAGCGCUACAUGCUUGAACCUCUAAUAAUGUGAACAGAUGGCUUUAACAGAACAUUUAUCUCAGAGCUCACAACAGUUCUGUCUUUAAAGGUUUAUAAGCUACCAUUAAAAAUCAGUUUUUAAUUCUAACCUAACUCUUGCACUCUUUAGGGUCCAAAACAACAUUAGACCCCUCUGACUUUCAAUGUAUGGACAAAAUAUUGUUUUUCACAGAAGAAGGAAAGUAAUGCAGAAUUGUAAUUUUUGGAUAACCUAUCCGUUUAACUGUUAGUUUUUAGAGCUUAAUGUCAGCCUGUCAGUAGUAGCUUUCUCAAUAGCGCCUCAGUUUAGCCACUGACAGAAGUGCAAAUUACACCAGCUCUCUUUCAACCACCUUCCUGAAUGCCACAGACCACAAAUCUUCACAGGCCUCACUUCCCAAACCAAGCUUUUUGUAAAGCCUUGGAAUUCCUUUCAGACCCGAUCACGGCUUAAUCCAUGGCUUUUCUCCUGCACGCGACCAAAGUCUGUGCUGCUUUCUUGAGCUCUAGUCUUCCUACGCCCUCUAAAGCGCUUUGUUUGCUUCUCUCUUCUCCAUCUUCUCCCACCAUUCUUAUGUGAUCCCAACACGCUUGUCGUAUUCUUCAGAUAUUUCCAAAGCAAGUUUUUCAAUUCUGUCUAUAUCUAAAGCUGUGAAUGUUGCCAGAUGUACUCCGAAGGAUUGAAACCACCAAGUGCCUUUUGUCUUGCACUGACAACUUUUCCAAAGUAAUCAAAGACUAUCGAUCUCUCAAAGGUACAAAUGUUUUACUAGGAAGUACCACUUACAAGUAAUCUUGCAGUGCAUUGCUUUAUCUUUACAUGUACGGUAUAUAUUUAGUAUUUUCAUUUAGCUCUUAAGUACGUUGAAAUUGUACCUCACGCGAUAGAGUUUCUAGAGUUUGUGUGUAUUGUCUUAUUAUGAGUGUUUAUAGUCUUUUUAGCAGUUUGCUUUGAUCAUUUGCAGACAGUAGCAAUCAAUCAAUUUGUGUAAUGGUUUGUAAUGUUUGUUUUUUUAAUCAGAUUGAGAUGGCAAAUGAGUGAAACAAUAGCUCUUGGUGUUGCCUAAAAAUAUUAAUAGUAAUAAUAAAAUGCAACAGACUAUGCAAAGAAUCACUUUGCCAUUUUAGGUUUAAAUGUUUCCGUUUAAGCACAUACUGUACGCUUUUAUUGGUUGUCUCUUGUUUUUUUUUUUAAAUGAAUGAAUUUUAUAGACUUUGUUUUCAGUAAAUUGCUUGAUACUGUAUAUCUUAGAUUAGUGCCUUUUUAUAUGCAUCAAAUGCCACUUUAGUGAGAGACCAAUUGUAAUUUGUGUGUAGAAUUGUUUUGUUCUCUCCCUAAGAGGGAAAAAUAAGGGACAAAUGACGUCUUAAUAUUCUGACAUGGCCUUCACAUGGCCAGCACAUUUUUUUUUUAGUAUUUUUGGCCAAAGUCAAAUGCGUAACCUCUGGGUUAUGAGGUUAUGGGCACAAAUGUACAGGGCAGUGAAGUAAAAACGGGAUAUUAAAGCACAUUAACCAGUAUUGUUCUUCCAAACAUAUAUUAGCUGGCCAGUGCCUUGGAAAUGACUUUUAAAAUCUGUGAGACUGGCACAGAUUUUGUAAUAUACUCCAUUGUAAUGUUCUAUGAUGAUACAUUUGUAAAAUUGCCAUAAAUGUGGUAUCGCUGAAUGUUCCUUACAAGUUGAAGGUAUUAUGAAAGAAUAAAGCAUAUGCAAACCUUUUCCAUCUUA